AAAAAAUCUCGUAAUAAAGCAUCCAAAAAUCAAAAAUGAGUAGUAUCUACAUUCAAGAACCACCAACUAAUGGGAAAGUCUUAUUGAAGACAACUGUAGGCGAAUUAGAAAUUGAAUUAUGGUCAAAAGAAGCGCCAAAAACUUGUCGCAAUUUCAUUCAGCUGUGUAUAGAUCGAUUUUAUGACAAAACACCAUUUCAUCGAUUAAUUCCUAAUUUCAUUGUACAAUGUGGGGAAAAUUCAGAGACUGCUGAUUGUAUUGAGUCUAUUAAGAAUGAAUUUCAUUCUCGUCUUCGUUUCUCAAGACGAGGUCUUGUUGCAAUGGCCAACAAUGAAGGCAGUGAAAACAACAUGGAAUUUUUUUUCACUCUUGAUGCAACACCUGAACUCCAAAACACUCACACGAUCUUUGGCAAAGUGACAGGCGAGACAAUUUAUAACAUGAUAAAAUUGGCAGAAUCUGAGACCGAUGCCAAUGAUCGACCUUUGUAUCUUCAUAAAAUCAAUAAAGUGAAGAUUCUUCAUAAUCCAUUCGAAGAUAUUAGACCAAGAGCUGAGCAUCGUAAAGAGUCACAUGAGGAAUCUGAGAAAAGGAAGAAGCCAAAACGUGAAGGAGUUAAAAACUUCAAACUGAUUUCAUUUGGUGACGAAGCUGAACAAGAUGAACAAGAAGUGGAAAGUUUUCCAAAAGAAACUGAUAAAGAUAAAUCAAAGCCGCAAACAAGCAACGAAAAAUCAUCAAGAAAAGAAAAAGAAAGGAAGAAACAAGAAUCGCCAUCUCGAACGCCACCUCCGAAAACUGAAGACAAACAAAAACUUCAAGAAGAUGAUUCUGAUAGUGAUUACGAAAUGACUCUUGAGAAGGAAAGACUUGCAGAUUUGGAGAGGAAAAAGAAAGAAAUUCAAGAUCAGAUAAGAGACAUCAAGAAAGAAUAUCACAAAGACAAGAAAGACAAAAACAAGGAAGAAAAGAAUGAAAAAGAAACACCAAAACCAACACACGAAGAUGAAACCAUUCAAGAUUAUCUCGAAGAGAAGGAAAAAUAUAAAAAGAAGAAACUUACAACAAAAGGAGCUUCACGAGAAGAACUCACUUUGCAAUUGUUAGCAAAAUUUAAAAAUAAACUUCAUUCAGCAUUGGAGUCGACAGCUGAUCAACCACCACAAAAACAAAGUUUAAAUGAAGACUCUGAUGAUGAAAAUUGGCUUUCUCAUAAAUUAGAUUUCUCCGAUAGUCAUGACGCUGUUUUAGCUAAAGACGCUUCAAAGAAACAAGAUGAUUGGUACGACAUUUACGAUCCUAGAAAUCCGCUCAACAAACGAAAGAGAGGCGCUGAAAAAAAUUUGUCAACAAGCGGAGAUUCAAGUAAACGAAACAAAUAAAAGUUUCUCAUGAUGCUCCGAAAAUUCUUAUCUGAAUUCUUUAUUUUGUAAAUUUAGUCAAUUAAGAAUUAUGAAUUUGUUUUUAGUUGUUUGUUGAUCG